UAUUAGAAAAAUUAGAAAAUUAGAAAAAUUGAUUUGCGAGAUGGUUGGAAUUUAUUCCAAUCGCAGCAUUAUAAAUUCAAAAUUAAUAUGAGAACUAUUUUUGGUUAGUUUAAAUAAACCGUUAGAGGUAACAGCUGUUUUGUUGCCAGAGUUGUCAUUAUCCUUCAACCCAACCGAUAGACCUUCAAGUCGAUAUGCUCUCAACAACCCUACCACAACUUGUAAUAAUUACAAAAACGGCGACAAUUUCUGCGCUUAAAUUCACUCGCCUUGCGUCGUUAAAACGCGCCGCUAUGCAUAACUGCAGCCUGCUGCCGGAUCCGGCGGUUUACCAGCCGGACACGCUGGACCUCAAUACGGAUGCCAAAGCGGCCGACUAUUGGUUCGACUGCUUCCGGAAUCUGGCUACGAAGUUCGCCAAAGUGGCUGAGAAGUCUCAGGCAUUGGUGGAUAACACUGCCGGCCAGCGGGCGGAGCAGUUUCGGGAGGCCUACAUUCAAAAGCUGGAGGAGCACCAAAGGAACAUUCCGCAGAACAGCGGCAAAGUGGUCCUCGGGACCAGUGAGCUCCUCAACAUCAACGAAACUAUGCUGCGGCGUUAUGGAUUCACGGAUCCCUGGCUCAGCCAGAAGAAACUGGAGAACGCCUCCGCCGUAGCCAAUCUGAAGGAGCGGCUUAAGGAACUGGAUUCACUGCAGGAUCAGGACGCUCGAUGGACGGAAUUGGUGCGAGGGGUGCUGGCCGGCAAUAUGUUUGACUGGGGCGCCCAGGCUAUCGCCAAUAUCCUGGAGCAGAACAGUAGUUUUGGCCUCCACUCCGCCUUGGACAGCAUAGAGGAGAGACCCUGGCUGCUCGACAACCUGGAUAACUGGUUGCAACGCCUGAAGGGGCCGCCGCAUAAGUGCGCCGUUGUGUUUGUGGACAACAGCGGCGUGGAUGUGGUACUGGGAGUGCUGCCCUUCGCCCGGGAGCUGCUUAAACGUGGCACCAAAGUGAUACUCUGCGCCAAUAGCGAACCAGCGCUCAAUGAUGUAACGAGUCGAGAGUUGGAGGCACUUCUGGACGAGUGCGCUCCGGAGUGUGAGGUGAUAGCGGAGGCCUGGAAGAGCAGACGGUUGCUGGUGUAUGCCAAUGGGCAGUCUGGUCCUUGUCUGGACAUGCGCACCCUUCCGCCAGAGCUGUGCGACGCCAUCGCCGCCAAUGAGACUGACCUGCUCGUGAUCGAGGGCAUGGGCCGGGCACUACACACGAACCUGAAUGCCCGCUUCGGCUGCGAGACUCUGAAGCUGGCCGUGAUUAAGAACCGCUGGCUGGCCAAGUACCUGGGCGGCGAGGCCAUGUUCGCCGUCAUAUGCAAGUUCGAGCCCGCUGCCAGCUAGUGCUGGAGCCACUGCGUCAAUUGUUAUCCCACAACCAAUACCCCCUUGUUGACAAGAGCCGUUGAAAUGAAAACCAGAUGAUCAGAA